AUGGGGCAGCAAGACAUGAUGUGGAGGUUCCUCUUAAUCCUCACCGCUUCCAGCACCAUUCACACCAGCACCUUCACGCCUGUAAGAUACCCGGAGUUGGAUUUGGAGCUCCCUCAGCACUGGGGUGUGGAGCCGAUUGACACAGCCAUUGAUUUCAGUGGAGAAGAUGACGACGAGACAGGCCAGCAGAAGGACCCAGAUGAUGAGGGAGAGAUUCUUAUGUCAGAACAGUUUAUAUUGAGGAAUGCAUCAAGCUCUCCAUUCAUCACUACACAGCUCAGCCAUCCUGUGGUUGGUCUCCCCAGUAAAGCUCAAGCAGACGAAAUGCUGACCAUCAAUACUUUUCCCCAAAGUUCUCUAGUAGAUCCUCCAAGUCACAAGCUCACCACUCAAAGGACUGAGCGUCCCACUCCCUGGCCCGUAGUCCUUCUUGAAGGCGUGGCUCCCGCUUUCACUCCUAACAAUGCCAUUGCUCAACAGCACCCUCUGUCCACCAGUGUCCACAUGCAGGAAGAGGCUCCGACUAAUGUCCAGCCUCCAUCAUUUACCAGGUCCCACCUCAUGGUUAACGAGGGGAGCCGGGACAUCUCCAUGGCAACCUUCAGGCCAGUACAAACCGCAGUACUGUUGGUCGCAAAAUCAGGGUCUCCUCCAAUCACAACAGACCAGUCGCUCGUGGUCGGCCAAUCCAGUAGCUUUCAUCCUCCCGGGAAGAUUGGUCCACUUGGUGUCACAGUUUCUAUGGCGACUGUUAGCCACCAUCAACCCCAGCGUGAUAUUAUGGAGCUGGUGGUACAUUCUGGCUCGCAACAAAUCAACACUGUUGGUAAUGAGAGCAAGAAGGGUGGGGUUACACCACAACCUCCCAAGUCUCCAUUGAGUGAUGUUAGCAGAUACUUAUCCUCCCAUCAAAGCACUCAUUCCUACAUCUCCCCAGAGAGUGGCUACGACAUUCACACCUACCCUGCUGACAACGCCACCCUUACCAUACAGCUCCUGCACAAAUACACACUGGUCAAUGAUCGAACACCGGACCAACGUGGGACAUGGGGCUCUUUCCCCACUGAGAUGGUAUCCAUCUCACCAACAGCAAGGAUGCAGCAUUUAACCAUGAAAGGCGGCAGGCGGGAAGUGACCGAUACGGCUAAAGUAGGAAGCUCAACUUAUUUCUCGGCAAUUGGUGCUCAGAGACAAACAUCUACGCCAGUUUACUCACUGCCUACAUCCACUGGGAAAGUGAGAGGACAGGACACAACCAAUGGCCUGUCCCUGGGAAUGACGUGGACCCAGCCCACAGCGCCUGCCGUGUGGCUGACGACAAAAGGGUCAAAUAAACCCAACGGCUUUGUGACUGAAAGACCUUUGACCGAGGAAAGGAAAGGAACAUCCAGUACUCUGAGACCAGAGGAGACCACAACAACCAAUCGGCCAUUAACGGUCAAUAUGGAGACAAUAAAGGGUCCUGCAGACAAUGGAGGUGUUACCCAGGCCUCCGAAGGGACUGCCACUUCUAGGAUAGUGGCUGCUACCGGGAAACCUGGGAUCCAUCACACAACCAUGGCAACAAUAACACCCAGCCGACAGCCAGGAACCAGUGAGAAAAACGUUAGCACAAAGGGAGCAUCCAACAGUUCAGCUGGUGGCAGCAGAUCAUCUCCAGACUCGGGAUACAGAUCAGAGUGGAAGCGGAUUGUGCCAGUGCAUGGCCGGAAUCCAGGCCCAACCACUGCCAAUCAUUCGGGUGAAGAUGAAUAUCGCUCCCGGCCAUGUACGUGGGAGGGGAAGUGUGUGUCCAAUAGAACCUCCACUGGAUGGAAUGACAUGAAGCGGACGUUGGGCUUUGUCUGGGAGAUGCAUGUCUAUGGAGCAGGGUUGCUCUUUGUUAUCCUCAUGCUAAUAUCUGCUAUUAAUCUGAUUGGCUCUUCUAUUCUCUACGUUCCAGACCUUGGUUACCUCAUGGCAGCUAAUGCCCUUUUAUUUACAUUGGGUCUCUUUAGGCUGUGUUCCUGUUUCUUGACCCAUAUGGCAGCACCUUCCAAAUUUCCUUUGAACAUGGUCCUUCAUGUCCUCUCAGUUUCGUACGGGGCGCUGCUAAUUGCAGCAUUUUUUCUAGCAUUCCGUAAACUCAAGAAGCGCUCUGAAGCCACCAUUGAGCAAAUGCAGAAAACUACAAUCUGUAAUGAAGAAAGCAUUGAACUCCAGCAUCAGGAAAGGUCAUUGAGAUGCCUUUUGAUUUCCAUCAGAAUUAUGGCCGUCAGUGGUGUCUUUGGGCUGCUUUGCUGUGCACUGCAAGUCUAUGCUACUCUGUGGCUGUACGAGAUUGUGGGUGAGCGAGGGCUGUUCUACUGGUCUUGGUGGUUCCUUCAGUUCUGGUAUCGUAGUUUCGAACUUGCCAUGAGCUUUGCCAUGAGCUUUGUGGCCUCCUAUGCCUUCUGUCAGCCCAAUGGGAGGCCUGACCACACCUGCUGGAACAAGAUCGUUCAAUAUUUCCGCCAGUACAGAAAGACCGAGGUGCCUGAUUACCCCAACAACUGCUACGAUUGGUCAACUGGGACCCAAGAGAGAACCACCAACAAUGACAUUACCAGGAACCUGAUACACAACCCUCCAGAGUGCAUGGCUCUCAGAUCAUUGAAGGAAAGCAAUAAUGCAAAAACCAAGAGCUUCUACACCAGUGGGUCAAUCACCUCUCUGGAUUACAGGCCCAGGAUACCAGUGCUGGGGCCCAAAUCUCACAACAUCAUGAUGGGCCGUUCAUUCACCAGCAUCUGCAUUGAGAAGGAAUCCAUGAUGUCUCUCAAUGAUUUUGACUUGCGUCCACCCUCCCCUAUCAACCUCAGCAGAAGUAUAGAUGAUGCUCUAUUCAGAGAACACAUUGUUCGAGACAGUCUGUUUAACAGUUCUGGUCUUUAUUCCCCAAACUACCUAGCUGUCAAGAACUCCUCCUGUUCCUUGAAAGAGCAUAUUGAUCAGGCUAAUGACACGUUAAUAUCAUCGGAUUUCAAACGUCGGACGAGCGAUCCAGACUUGCUGUACAGCAUGGCCAGGUGCAGCUCAAUCAGUAAUGUCCAGGAGGUUGGGCCUGAUCCUUUGACAUACAGCCAAGCAGGCAGUAGAUUGCAGAGGACAGCUUCGGGCAGUUCCCUGGACACCUUAUCCAAGAUGUCCCUUGGACUCCAUUGGAACCCAUGGGCCUGUGACCCGUCCUCAAAUGAGAGCGUUCCCCCUGCUGAUCCAGCCAGCGAGGACCUCCUCUCGCACAACUCCAGAUCACACAAUCCUGAAAUCAAAGUGGAAGCAGAGGUCCCUGACAUUGAGGCACAGAAGAGCUUCAUUGAAAUAAGAGUGAUUGAUGACCUCAGUAUGUCCAGUGAUACGAUUGAACUCUAAUCCUUGGAUCCAACUCUGGUUUCUGGGUUCUAGAGACCAACUCCUUCCACUCAAAUAAUUGAAAUCUGGAAAUAACAGAGAUAAGGGGAAUGAAAGAAGGACACUCCUUGUGGGUGUUAAACCUGACCCAGUCAUAUCUCUUGUUGGGGAGCAACUCACUCUGCACUUCAGUGUACUCUCACCAGAACAAUGUGAGUGUUCCUAGCAGUUCACAUCCUUUCUUUUCCAUGCAUUGGCAAUGUACCUCCCAAUCCACUACGGAACCACCAUCAGAUGGUCUUAAAAGAAGAGCUCCUUUGUUAAAGAGGAAGACCUCCUUUGUUUCACUUUGACUGACUGCAAUAAGACUCCACUGCACUUUAUCUUCUUGAGAAUUGAAUCAAAACAGCUGGAGAGUUUCUCUAUGUAGCUAAGAAGGACUCAGUGGAUCUCUGCUUGGCCACCACUCUGUCAUAUGGUCAACCAAGAAUAUCUGAACUGGGACCAUUGACAUCACAAUGUAUUGAAGAGCCUGGAAAUGGAAGAUGUCUUGUUAUUCAAAGACCAUUUUAUUUUUCCAUUAUCUUUUUGACAUUAUUUGGGUGAAGGAGGAUUUGAUGCUGAAGGUGUACUCUUUCUGUCACCCAACCCAACUUGACCUCACCCAACCCAACUCCUGCGCAAUGGAGGAAGCAAGACCAACUCCUUCUAGUUAAUCUGGCUUCUCCCAUUGGAAGAGAACGUUGAAAGCAGAAUUCUUCACCCAUCUCCUGCCAGCUGAAUGAAAGAAUUAAGAGGCUUCUGCUCAGCAACAGAAGGUGACAAAUUUAGUCAUAGAAAAUUUACUAUAACGUACUUCAACUACAUACAUUAAACUAAAGAAAUAAAAAACUCCUGCAUAAAGAAAUUUAAACCAAUAUGCAAAACAAAGUCUUGUCAACUAUAAAUAUACCUCCAUUUUUCCUAAUGGGGUCCAAAAUGUGAUAUUAGUCACUAAAAUUAUGCAUUUCACAUGCCAUUGUUUCCAAAGUUGUUUGAUCCUUGGAGCUUUGAAGCGCCUCAACGACAUGAUAAAGCGCUUGUAUCAAACUCAAGGAAUAUUAUAUUAUUAUUAUCCAUAUUGGAUCACUGAUGGUGUGUCUGGAGGGGAGCUGAAAGGCUUUGAAAUUAGUUCAUUUCUGUCCCUGUGAACCUUUCUCAUGUUACAGGCAAUUGUCAGUAAAAUGUGGCUGACGAGAGGUUGGAAAGCAGAGCAGAGCACACACAGGGAUAGUUGGAAUGCAGGGGACAAUCUAUCCAUUGCCCUGAUGGGCACAUCUUUGCUUAACUCAACACAGGAACCAGAUGCACAGUAAUAUAUUCCCUGUUGUCUGUCCCAGAGACUUGCUUUACUACAAGUUCAGCAUUCUGAUGGUCUUAACUGGAUUCUGAAACACAGCAGGAUAUUUCACACUUUUGGUAGACUUGUCCAUCAAAUUUGUUCUAAGUACUGAUCUCCGUCCAGUGUUGUUGGGUCUGAGCACCAUCCAGUGGUCUGGAACUCCCAUUGCACCCUCUGGAGAACCGUAACUUUGAAUACACAAUGACACUUUUAAAAGAUUGGACUGGGUGUACAGUAUUUGCAUCAGCAAUGGAUGUAUAAGCAUGUUGAAGUACUUCAGACUCAAACUGAUGUAUUUGAUGGUUUAAGGAGAGACUAUUACAACAGACGAGGUGCUCACAGAGACAGAAAACACUCCGAGAGCUGAUCAGCUGCUUCAAGCAAAGACUGAAGUGCAGUACUCCAGCACUUGCAUGUGAUUAUCUAAAACCUGAACUUGGUCAGGCAACUUAACACGAGGAUCAACCACACUCCACCUUCUCCACAUGUAUAUAGCCAAAACAAUCAACCUUUGUGAGAAUCUUAUGUUUUCACAAUAUUUCCAAUUGGCAAUGGGGAAAACAUUUGUGGUAUUCCUUAAUUAACACUGCUAACUAACUAAAACAUUUAUUGCAUAUUUUAUCUCACAGUUCACUGCUUGCCUUCAGGAAUGUUUGGUGGUCAGGUUUUUGCUUACCUGUGAGGUAUGUGUUGUGCGGAGUGUGGCCAGAACACUCAGUGACAGCCGAGACUGGAAGACCCCAGAAUGUGCGUUGCGAGGUACUGUUAGUUAGACUCCAGCAGUUACCCCAAUGCGCUCUGGGGUUUCCAAGCCUUGGCUCUUGCCAACGUGCAUCUAAUACUCUCUGGAAUUAGUUAACCAGGAUGUGUCCCUCCAGGGAGAGUGUGUGUAUUCCAUUCUAGGCACGGAAAUUUCCAUGUGUACAUGGCAGACAAGGAACUCUCAAUCUGGUUUGGAUACUCGGAAACAUGCUGAUGUAUUUUCGUGUGCGUCGAGCACCAUGCUGACCAAAAAAAGCUCCAACUUAACAUCAGUGGAAACUUAGCUUAUUAGAAUAACACACUAGUUCUGAGGCCCUUAUGAAAAAUGUUCACUUUGCACAGAGUAAAGACCUACUCACAAUCUCUAUAACUGGUAUUUUUCAUUCCAUAACCUGAAUCCAGCUGGCAUUUGUGCAAUAAAGAUAUUGUUUGAUAUAUUUAGAUCAAGGCAAUGGGAGACUUAAGAAAAUCCAUGGAGUUUAAUACUUUUCAUACAGUGUGUGAUUAAUAGAGUGUGUAUAUUAUUUUCUAUAAGUAUGUAUGUCAGUUUGUGAGAGAUGAGUACAUGUAUAGAUGAAGGGGAAAGUGGGUGUAAUUAUAAAGAGUGCGUGGACUGGGUGUAUAAGAGUAAUGUGUAUAAUAAUAAUAAU